AUGCCACCCAAUAAACGCGAGAUUCAGCGACAGCUGAUGGAAAAAUACAACAUCAUUUUUGAUGGGCCAAUUGACUCAGUCGCCAAUCCUCAGUGGCCGAGCAAUUGCAACACCAUCUUCGACCACAUUCGGCGUCUGGGUAAAACCGAUUACUUAGAAUACCGUGAGAGCGUAUCCGCAGACUACACACGGUUCCCAUGGAGACAAAAGGUCCAGCAGCGCGCAAAACGGAUUGCAGAGACCGCCAAACGGUGCUUGAAGAGCCGGAAGAAUGAAAGCGGAUGGCGUCUGGCGCUCGAGUCCGAGGUCUUGGCCCGAUUCUCUGUAGAGAUCGCGUGCUCGGAAUUAGCCCCUUGUUCGACGAUAGAGCUGAAGAAGGGAUAG